AUGGAGUUUGAUUCCGAAGAUGAAGACAAAGCUCUCAACGAGCGUGAAGCCAGCGGGGGCGUUGGCGCCUGCAUGAUAGAUGAAGACUUUUACGCUCGAUUCUCGGUCUUUGGCGGACGCAAGGAGCCCACGUUCGCCCCUUCACCACGCCCGCUCGCCAGUACUACUUCUGCCGCCGCCAGCAGAAGCAAGGAUGCUGCACCCUCGCCAUCAGCAGCUUCACUCUCUCGCUCUGUCCCUCUCGACCGAACGAAGCGAGCAACCAGCGACAGCUAUGCAGAGUCGAGCGUCAAGCCCGCAGCUCCUCAGCCGCCGGCCAAGAAGCGCCGAGGCACGGAGAUCAUCGACCUCAUCGACAUGAUCCAAUCCAGCAUCACGCCCAUCCCUUCGUCUUCCGGCGCUGGCGGCGGCGGCGGCGGCGGCGGCUCGACCUCGACUUCACCCACGCCCGCGUCGACGCCGUCCGUCGUCGCGGCCCCGGUGCUACUCAAGAAGUCGGGUCCGGCGGCGCCGACCCUGGCCGCGCCCCCGAGUCCCAACCUCCCUCGCACGUCGUCCCUCACGCAGCAGGAGCACCGCCUCUUCCUCGACCUCGAGCGACGAUUCGUGCAACACCAACAGCAACAGGGACCACCGCUGGACGAGGCGAGUCUGAGUAAGUACCUCGAAAUGCGGCACAGGGUGUUCCUCGAACAGCAGGAGUACGACAACGCGCAGAGACAAAAGCCUCCUCACAACGAGGUCCCUGUGGCGAUGAAGAAGCUGCUGCUAAGCAACCGUGGCUGUGCACCAUCGCAGGCCAGGGAGAACAACGUGUUUCUUAAGUACAAUCCGGCGAUCAAAGCGCAAGUCGAGCAAUUCCUGGCACAGAAGAGGACGCGGGUGAAGCAGUAUCCGCGCUUCUAUCAGCCGCACGACACGGUGGACCUCAACAAAGUGGAGCUCGCCAACGACGACCCGCUCCUCAAACACCAUUCGCCGCUCUUUCAAAUCGGCCGUGUGUUGCGCUUCGAUCCCCCGCCUGACUACGAGUCGGAAAUCGCGCCCGAUCUGCCGGUCUUCCAGCCCCAGACGGCGCCCAAGAAGCGAUGGCACAAGCAGACGAUGCCGGCGGUGAGCGAAGACCCCUACGUGCGGUGUCUCGCGCGCGAAACCGACCCGGGCAUCGAAGUGGUCCUGUCCUCCGGGAGCGUGUCGGCACUGUUCAACAUGUACAGCGAGUCCUGGGAGAUCCCAGUGGUGAUCAUCGACAAGCCGCUGCUCAAGAAGAAGCUGACGCUGCGAGAGAAGAACGAGAUCUACUACAAGACCGCCUACGAGCACUUGGGCCUGUGCCUCGCCCCGGAGACCUCCAUCUCCCUGCCCCUGCCCGUUCGCGCCCCGCCGGCGGCCAAGGACCAGCCCCAGCAGCCGCAGCCGCCAAAGCCGCCGCCAGCGCCAGCGCAAGUGGACACGAAAGAAGGCGAGGAAGCGGAGGAAAGCGGAGGCGAGAAAGCGGAGGAGUUGGAGAUCGACGAAGAGGAGGGCGGCGGCGAGGAUGAGGAGGAGGAGGAGCGCGAGCGGAGGGAGAAGGAGAAGCGCGAGGCCGAACAGCUCGAAGCCGAACGCAAGGCCAAGCUUGAUGAGGACCGAAAGAACGAAGAGAGGCAAAGAGAAGAGAGGGAGAAGCGGCGGUGCCAAGCGCUGGGCAAGGCGGGCGAGGAGUGGAUGGGGCGCAGCUUCCCGUCGCUCGCCGACGGCAACCUCAUCUACCACCUGUGGACCUUUGGCGACCUGCGUCUCCUCAUCCGCUGCAAACUCCACGGCUACACCAAGACGCCCGCCGGCCAAAAGUUUGUAGGGACGAAGGUGAAGCUGGAGUACUUUGGGGAUCAGUGGGAGGAGACGACGGCGAGCGAGACCGCGCGGCAGUGGACGCACCACUACAUCCGGCCCUACGACCCGAUCAUCCUCGUCGCUCGCUGGAACGUGUUCUCCUCCCGCCUGCUCUGCACCGAACGACGCGACAUCCAGAAGCUCCUCCCGCCCGGCACCACUUUCGUGCCGGCCAUUGCCGCAAAGGCUCUGCUGGUGGUGCUGCAGAAGUUGCGCACGCUCGCGCCCGGACAGUACCUGCUCACCCACAAGGUCGAAGAUCGCGCCGUCGUCAUCCUCAAGGCCGUCGAUCCAUCUACGACGCCCCAAAAGGGAGGAUCGGCGGGCUACGACCUCCACACGUCGCACGCUUCGUCGGGCGCCACAGACGAGCGCACGGUGCCCUACGUGCGGCUGAUCUGGCCGCGCGAGCUGUCCGACCAGGUCCCGCACACGUUCCCGCCCGCCUCGGCCCCCGGCGGCCCCGGCGGCGGCCAGCAGGCGGCGUACUCGCCCGCGGCGUUGGCCGGGGGCGGCCCCGGCGGCCAGCAGUACCGACAGAUCGCCGAGCAGCUCAAGCGGGUCAAGAACGUCAAGUACUGCUUCGACUACGCCAAAAAGGGUUUCUGUCCGCGCGGGCCGGAGUGUCACUUCCCGCACCUGGAGGCGAAGACGGUGCUGGAGAUCAGCAAGGAGCAGCGGAAGAAGGCCAACAAGAAGCGCAAGGCCAAGAUGCGCCAGGACAGGCGACAGGGCGCCAACAACUCACCCACGUCUUCUCACGGGCGCCACUCGGCCACCGGCGGUGACGAGGGCUCGCGAUCCCCAGUGUCGCCCUCCUCCCCAGGCGGCGGCGGCGGCGGCGAAGGCAGCGACGACGGUGGUGGCCACGGAUCGUACGAUGACUACCGAGACAGCGACGCCUCGGGCGGUGAUGACGUCGACCACGGCCUGUCGGCCACCACCGCGACGGAGAAGAGGGUCGACAGUGACCUCCACUACAUCGCCACCACGCUUUGA